CUCGUCCCUAUUUGGUCCUGUUUGCUGCAGGUGGCGUUUUUCAAUGCAGACAAGAAUUUUAUUAAAUCCAAGGAACAUGGAUCAGGAAACACUGCACUUCAUAUGGCCUGUAGACACGGACACUUUGUGAGUAUUGGAAAAAUUAUAUCGAGACAUUUGUAUUUAAAUUUCCUUAGAAGACCGAAAAAAACAGAAAAUGAAAAGGAAAGAAACGGCGCCCAAAAUUACGAAGCUUCUCAGAUUGUCAGUUUGGGAAAACUACAAAUGUUUGCGUCGGCCGUGUGGCACUUUUUUUCGUCAUCGUGAGUUUCAUUUUUCGAGUAGGCUAUCUUUAUAUUAUAUUUUGCUGGUCGAGUCUAGUUUUCCUUCCUGGCAAUUUAUUUUUGCGAUUCUUGGAAAUGCAUUCAAACUUUAUGCAUUUAUUUUGAGUCAAAGGCAAAGCUAGAAGUAGUCUCUCAUUUUUCUCAGGGUUAGCCUGUGUCAAAACCUAAAUAAUUUGUCAAGUGUAGGUGUGGCAUAAGUUGCUUUUAAUAUAUUAUUCAGUAUCAAAAAUCAAAACUUUAUUUAUGUAAAACUUAUAAUAGCGACCGUGAAGUUUAGAUAUACGGUUGUGUUUCUCUCUGAGGACUGGUUUUGCAGAUCCCAAAAUAAUUUUGGGCCUUUUCAAUAUUUAUCAUGUUUUCAAGUUAGGAAAUUAAUCUUUUCAUGAAAUCCCAAGUAACGAUUAAUUUGACUCCUGAUUUUCAGGAUAUUGUGUUAUAUCUGCUGGAAAACGGAGCUGAUAUCGAUAUGUUUAAUAAUCACAACGACACGCCUUUUUUCCUGGCCACCGAAAGUCUACAAAAGGAGAUAUGUCAGGUAGCUAAGAAUAUUCAACAAUUAUACUACUAGAUUGAGUUUCCUACGAGCCAAUAGCCAACAAAACUGGCAUCUUACUUUGAUUCUACGCCAAGUUUUGGGGGAAAGAUAUAGAAUCAAGCCUUUUUUUAUUCAAAUUUAAUUCGCGACGAGAAUUAAUAGCUUCGUUUGUUAGUUGUGACAAAUAAACCUGCAAGGUUGAAAUUCUUACCAUUUAAAAUGUUCAUUUUUCUUCAGAUGAAAUCUCAAAAACGAAAUGUUAGUCUAACGAAAUUACUAUUGUUUUUGUUCAGAGCGCUGGCUCGAUACACACAAUCUAUCGCGCAAUAAAUAAUGAGUAGGAGAGCCAAUCACUUUGCAGAAUUCGCUGUAGCUUGCUAGUUGGUUCAGCUGUAUCCGAUAAAAACGCAUCCGAUGUGCACUGCAUAAAAAUCUUGAAGCUGAUAUCGAUGUGUUUAACUCUGCCUCCAUUGAGGUUUUUAAAAGGAGAGCCAGGCUGGAGAUAAUAAGAAGGCGGAAAUAGAAAAUUUACCCAUAGUUUGUUGAUCUUUGUAAUUAAUUGUUUAUUUAGCUUUUUAAUUUUUUUCAUAAUUGUAGUUGUAGCGUUCAAAUUUAAUUGUCUUUUAUACAUGUAAUUUUUACCUAUUUCGCACAUUAUCCUUAGUGAAUAAUCUUAAAUUAAAAUUAAUUCUGAAACACCAAUUGGGAGAAUUAAUAAAUGUACUGUAAGCAUGGCUAACGGAAUAUAUGAUUAGCUGAGUGACCGACUUGUUGACUGUCUUACACUUUUACCAAAUUACUCAGCUUACGAAUCAUUCUCUCUUUUCCUGUUUUUAGCUUCUCAUUGAAUGGGGAGCUGACGUGAUGAAACGUAACAAGAGCAGUAAAACAGCCUUUGAUCUCAUGCGACACUAUGAACUCAAGAAGUUUUUAGAAGGUAUGGUGCAAACGUACUUGUUUUUAUGGGAGAGGGAGGGGGUUAUUAGCCUAGUCAUUGUCCUAAUGAUGCCUGCAAUUGAAACCCUAAAGCCGCCCCCCCUUCCCCCUCAUUCUCGCGCAGGUAGCCCAAAUAGGAGAAUAUUUUACCUAAAUUGUCAGGAUUUUUAGUUAUUUCCUUGCAUGCGUUCAGCAUAGUGGUGUUAUUAAACUUUCUGUCCUAUAGUUUGAACGUUUUUUUUUUCAGCAGUUUUUUUAUUUGUUAACAAGAAGUAUGCCUUUCGUUAUGCUCGCUUAUAUAAACUAUUCAGCAGGUAAAUUCCUCAACAGCAAGGCGCAUAGAAAUAGUCUGUACGCCAGACUUUUAACCCUUUAAAUCCCAAUAUCCACAUGCAAAUUCUCCAAACUGAUCUCCAUACAUUUCUUUAUAGAAUUAGUUGAGAGAAUAGAUAGAAGAUCAAAGCAUUUUCUCUUUAGGUGAUCAUUUUAUAAAUUCUCGUAACCAUUUCUCCUGACCAUGUAUUGCUAUUGUUAGGGGGAAAAUAUAUGGUGAUUCACUGAUCACUCUUAAGACUUGAAAGGGUUAAAACUGUCUCAUGGCCGUUUUUUCUACACGUGCAAGAAAACCAGGCUACAAGCCUGCUCGUAGGCUAUGGUAUGGUCUAGCUGAAAACUUGCCUUUUGCGCAUGCUAUUAGCUCGGAACGCAGUUAAAAUGAUUGAAUAAGGUGAACAAUAUCUGCUUUAGAGUCGUGUUACCUAGCUUGAAUGUUUGGGUUUGGCCUGCCUACUCUGGCUGUAAACUGCAACCACGGCACAACUACUAUAAAAGGAGUUGCAAAAGUGUUUUGUUAGUAACCUUGAUCAAAUAAACCCAAAACGCUUUUAUUCCUUCACUUGAUUCCAAGAAAACACGACGAGAACAAAGGCCUAGGCCAAACGUUGAACAUUUGAUUAGACUGAUCAAACUUAGUGAGUUAAGGUCUUGAAAAUUUCGACGUCUGGCUAAGUAAAGUUCAUCUGUAUGAGCUUGGAUCGUCCAACGUGUUCUCAUCGUCGGCUUCGGACGGAUAGAACGUCUGAAGAUCGUCUCCGACGAUCGUAGAUCUUCACAUGCGACGAACUGGACUAAUAAUUAACAGUUUGUAUGAUAAUGUAUAUUUAGCCUCGUUUGGGGGAAUUUUAUUGCUGAUCUGAUUCUGUUGAUUGGUUCGACGCGUCUUAAGUUCGACGUCUGACCCAACAGACGAUCUUAACUUAAUUUGAUCGACCCAAAUUAGAGUUUGGUUCGUCUCAUGAAAAGUUCGCCGUUUGGCCCAGGCCUUAGUUAUUGGUGUUUGUUUUCUACUGUUCCUUCUGCAGGUAAGUAUAAAGAAUGGCAUCAGCUUGUUCCUCAGCUGAUAUCAGGUGAUAUCAAGAAGCUGACUAAAGUGGUAGACUCGCAUCACAGGAGAGAGAACAUGUUGGCCAGUUUGAGAAGCAGGUAAAACGAUUAUCUCCAGAAAAAUGUUUGGCUAAUCCCUCAUAUUGAUAAUGGCUAUUCAGGGAACUUAGUAGUAGCUUUUCAAGAGAAGGUCUAGCUGGGCUUGCUUAGUGCUGCUUCAGAGAACGGUUUCUUUCAAAUGUCCCCAGACCAAUUAGACCAGUUGUUUAAAAAAGCACCUACCAAUUUUGUUUUUUGCCCAGUAUCAUUCACUACCAAACCCUUGUGAACUCUACUGAUGAAGGGCAAGGCCUGAAACGUUUGGAGAGGAACUAAUAUCGCAAGACUACCACUUUUGUUCAUUACUAUUUUUUUGUUGAACAUUCUUUCAAUAACGUUUUUUAUUGCUGUUUGAACACUACUGGAAACUUCUUUUCAUUUUAUUCUUUUCAGGUGUGUAAGCGGUAGCACACUGCUCCAUACCGCUUCUUUCUUUGGAGCUAUACCAGUUAUCAAGGUACAAUUUUCAUACUUUCCGCCAUGUUCCCAUUAUAACGUUUAACGAAAAUGCUUUUAUAAGUUGCCUGUAUCAGCUAAUCUCUUCUCAUCUGUUGUGAAAGACAUUCAAACAUGUAUUUAACGCGUGUAAUUACGGUACCGAAAUCGACCUCCGAAGGUUCCCGUUUGGACUCUUUGAUCGCUAGGACGGGUGGAGCUAUCUCUUGGUAGUUCCAAGUUAAACUUUUUCACUUCUCCUCUCACAAGUGGAAUUUUAAUUGCGUGUAGCUACAUUUGUUGCUAUUGUUUUCUAUCAUUAUUUCUAGUUAAAAACGAAAAUCAAUGGUUAUGUUGACUGUUGCUGUGUUUUGUCUCAGACCCUGCUCUCCGAGGGUGUAGACGUGAAUAUUUUAGAUUACAAAGGAGCCACGCCCCUUCACAGAGCCAAAGAUGCCGCAACUGUAGAGGUAACCUGGUGCUUUUGUUUACGCCCGAUUAUUCGCUUUUUUUUUAACACUUUUCCGUCCAUCCUUAAAAAUACUUUUAAUUUUGACAUCGAAGAAAACUAUCAACAAUCUUCAUUUUGCGUAACAUCUCUCCAUAUCUCCCUAAUACCUUCAUCUAACUCAUUGCUAAGGUUCGUAUCGUUUUCUUUUGUAGCUACUCCUUGAGGCAGGAUCAAAUAUUGACAGUGAAGACCACGAUGGCAACACACCACUGCAUGUGAAAUGUUAUGGCGAGAGCGGAGAACCUACAGACUUGGAAUGCAUUGAGAAAAUGGUAAGAUUAACUAAAGCACUUCAAACCUCCACCCAUAGCAAAUCACAUCAUGGAUAAUAGAAAGACGAUCACGUAGAGUUAUGAAAGUUUCAAAACACCUGGUCCUCUCUCAUAUUCAAACACCCGCUUGACAGGAUACGUCCCUCUUUUUUUUCCUUCAAGUUGACUACUUUUUUUUUAAAUUUUAACAGUUGAUGAAAGAAGCUCCACUAAACAUCAGAAAUAACCGAGUAAGUAUAAAAUACGGAACUUAAACGAUGUUGCCUACGAACACGGGUAGGGUACCUGUUUCCUAUGCCUUGAUACCAACCAAAUAUGGUUUUUAUCCAUGUGGUUUUGGCAUUUUUUACUCUACCUGGUAGUGGAUAUCUGCUGCUACAAGUUUGGAUGAUUUAGUAGUUCCCGUACCAAUCUUCCCCCCCUCCCAAUUUCCAAGGGAACAACUUUGAGGACGAGUUUGCUCGUUUUUUAGACUCUCCUAGCUUUCUUCUUUUCUCUCUCUUGCUACAUGGAAGGGAAGGAAAGAGACCAUGGGGGACAAGGUUUUUGUGGCACGCUGGAAACGGUUUAUCGUGAAGUCUCUCAUAUCGCGUCCACUAUCCGUGCUUCGAAGUUGCUUACAUCUCGAAACGGUAAGCGAAGCAAGGUCUCUCCUAUGAGUUUUUUCCCUCCGCCUUCUGUUUCUAGUUUCUGCAUUUUCGUUUUGUCACUUUCACUGAAGUAUUACAAUCGUGUUGAUCUAAAACUACCGUGUUGAAAACCAUUCUUGCGGGUACGUGAUCUUGGUUAUACUUUCUAACAAUCAAAAUGUGUUCACUUUUUUAGGAUUUAAUGCCGAUUCACUGUUGUGCCAUGCAAGGCCGGAUGGACGCCAUUCAAGCCUUGCUGUUCUUUGACACUGAAGAGAGCAUAAAACGAAACUUGGAAAUGGAGAGUGAGGUACUUAAAAACUACAUUUCGGCUGUUCUACUACGCAUGUUCAUGUUAACCGCGCCAAACACAUCGCGUAUCAGGUUACACAGUCUUACAAACCAAAGAACAGUAAAAGACAAUGCUUACCACCGGCAUAAAAGAAAGGUUUUUCCCUCUGAUUGGUUGAAAAAUUAACCUAUCACAAAGGCUUAGCAGAAGGGCACCGGAUUUCAAUGUCAGUUUUGUUCCCAGAGUCUCUCGCAGAAAAAAAAAGAAAAAAACCUCUGCAAACCAGAUUGUAAGGAUAAUUUAAAUUCGAACGCUAAUCGAUUUCUUGUAUGUAUAUUACAGAAAACCCCGCCCAGCUUACUUCAUUUGUCUGUAGCCAACGACUUCCUUGACUGUGCAAAAUGGUACGUAUAUUGGAAUUAAUAAAAUAAGAAAAAGUAAAAGUAACAUUUUUAGCAACUUACUUACUGUAAUUAAAAUCAAAUGAAGGCAUGCUUGAACAUAACAAAAAUCACUUGAGAAUGAUAGACCUUAUUCACGAUACCCGUCAACUUCUCACGCUCUUUAGGAUCGAUGGGAUAAUAGUAAUGUCACGAUGACGUGAUAUGAAGUAAAUGACCGGUGUCAGCAAAUAAGGUGGGCGUUUAAGGUGUGUUAGUCUCCAUUAAGAUUUUUUAUAUUCAAUUCUUAGGUUGGCGGAGAACAAAUUCGAAUUUAAAGAAAAGGAAACAGAUCUUCUUGUUCAUAAGAUCUUACUUGAGGAAGUUCCAUGGUAAGUUAAAUCAAAUGAGCCCCAGAGUGUCUCUACCGUUUAAACUAUUUUCCACAGUGUCACGAUUUCAGUGACACUGCAAACAGGUCAGUAAAGAUCUAGACGAUCAAAUGCGAGUCUAUUUUUGAGAUAAGGAUGAAAACGUCUAAUUUGCAUCAUAAAUUAAAUGUGACCAGCUUCAAUCGCGGGAAAACCUUUGGACGAUGCGGGUUGUUAGAGAACCCAGUCAGGGGCGUAGCUAAUUAUACUCACGGUACACACGUGCGUACCUGAAAAAUCGAAGAUGUUAUAUAACAAUUAAUACUGCGGGAUAGAUACGAAGCUUGAGCGGUUUGCGACCAUUGCAGUGGUGUAGACCUCGAAGCCAGGUACUUGAUAACUUAUAACUGCUCGCUUAAUCAUUUUGGUGAAAACGGUAAAGGAUACGUGCGUUAUUGCGUUGUUUAAUUCACUUUUCAGUUGUUAUAUUGUGUUUUUUUAGUGGCAAUCGUGUCGAGACCGUUCGAUUUCUAUUGGGUAAAGGUGCCUCCGUUAACCCAACAUACCCUGGAGGAAACACGUAAGAAAUGAUUUUGUUUUUGUCAUUAUUUACUUUCUUAUUGAGGAACAAAAAGUAUAUCUGCGAUCUUUGAAGUCGCAAAUAUGUCGGAAGAGACGAUUUUGUUAUUAAAUACAAACACUAAUGACACAAUGCAAUCAUAGAGGAGCCUGACCUUGCAGACACGUGUCUUCAGCCCUUUUUUUUUUCUUUUUCGUUUUCCAGGGCUUUGCAUCUCACUGCUGGCUUGGUGAAUGCUUCAGAUCUUUUGGAGCUGUUGCUCUCGUUUAACGCUGAUGUCGAUGCUAUGAAUGAUGACCUGUGCUCCCCGCUGUUUUACGCCACUCAGUCAAACAAUUUGUAUGCUGCUAGCCUUCUUCUUAACCACGGUAUGUAAAGACACAGGGACUAGUAGUUUAGGAUACUUUCUGAGCUUUUCUGCACCUUUUGAUUGUCAACCAUAUCUAUUCUGUAACGUCAUCAAGUACUUAUGCGUCAGUUGUAAAAAAUAACAACAACAACAACAAAACUUUAUUAACAAACAAAUAAAAUUACAGAAGUAUUGCCCUCAGCUAGCAAAGCUAUUCGAGGCGGGACAAUGCGUGCAAAAUAUAAAAGUAAAGACUUAGACUAUUAACUAAGGAAAGUUUACAGUUUAGAAAUAAAUGGAAUAAAAAUCGUAAUAGGGAUGAGGACUAGAUAACAGACUAUAAAAAAAAAAAAAAAGAAUUAAACAAAUAAAUUGUAAAAGUAGAAACUAUAAUAAGCAAGAAUUUAUUUUUCGACAUGUUUGGCUAAUUGAAGCUUUAAUUAGGGUGGGCGUAUCAAUAUAGUCAUCUUCUGAAUUCAGAAUAUUAAAAAGUAAUUUUCAGAGUGUUUUUUGAACUUAUUCUUGGGUAGAUGUCGGAUAUGACAGGGUAUCCCAUUCCACAGCUUAGCCCAAAGCGAGAGAAAGACAGUUUAUAUAAUUCUAGAAAUACGACUCACGUGGCCAGCAUCUCUGGAAUUUAUUUGAACAAAAGAAAUCAUUUACAUAAGAAAAGAAUUCAACUCCUACAGGAUUGGUUUGGGACACCAAAAUGGCCGCCGUUUCAUUGUUUUGGGACACCAACAUGGCCGCCGUGACGUCGUGUGAAAACGUUCUAUCAUGUGUCGCCUUCAGCUCGGCACACGCGUGGUCAUUUUUGUCUCUCGCGUGUUUCGCUCGGACUAAGAAAAAAGAGAGGCUGCACGUGGUCUAUCAAUAAGACGAAAGACAUGUAUUGCAUAGUCUCCCUCGCAGCCGUUUUGUGGAUGUCACGCAACGGAGCGUUGCGUGACAUCCAAAAAACGGCUGCGAAGGAGACCAUGUAUUGCAGGGCUGGGCCCCUUUUGAUACCAGCCAAUGGCUGAUAGGGCUACCCUGCCUAAAUAAACGUGACUUUGACUUUGACGUUAUUGUACCAGUCUUUUGCAAUUUGAAAAUGCCUUUCUUUAGCACCAACAUGCAUUUUCUUUAGGCCAGUUGUAUGAUAGACUUCGACUACAAAUACAAGAAUCGAAACCAUUUUGAUCCUUCAGUGGCGUGAUUGGUUACCAAUCUAUCAUUUAGUCAGUUAAGCGAUUAUUGUCAACCUCGCUCUCAAGAUCGAGUUAGGGAGGGCCCUGGGAACGAGUUUGGAUCAUUUUGAGAUUUAUUUCAAGGCAUUUUUUUUUUCUUUUUUGCAAACAGGGGCCAAUGUGCGGUUACGAAAUCUACAAGGUGAAAUAAAAACGUGUCUUACUUUAUACAUCUUAGUUUAGAAGUCGUAAACAACGUUGUGUCAUUGACUAAGCGUAAGAUCAAAGCGGCUGGAUUUUGGCCAAGUUCUUUUUUUUUGCAUUUUUAUUUACCAAGAGGAAGUCAGCCAUCUUGACCGCACAAAAUUGCCCAAUAAAAGAUUCAUUAUAUGCCUAUUGCCAGAAAGAGAACUUUUACUUUAGGGACAAACGCGGAAAAUCCCGAGUAUCUUGCCCGUUCGAGUAGCCAAUUAGAAUGAAGGAUUGACUUCAUCUUGUCCACUCGCGGAUUCAGCUAUAUUAUAUAUUGAUCUUAUUAGCCGUUUGCUUAUGUUUAUUCAUUUUGUUACAGGGUUGACAGCCUUCGAUUUUAUUUCUGAUUUUGAGGAGUGGAUUGAAUGCGGUUACUUUAACGAAGAAAUCAAAGCUCGAUUAAAAGGUAAACACCUUGGAUGCUCGAAUGUUUGAGUUUGGAGAAAACGAUAGCCAAACUUUCUCUACACUCGUGAUUUUCUUUUUUUUAGUUUUAAAUGCUCAUUAUUGAGUUUCCCAGGUGGCCGGACAGCAAACGGAACAAAGACAAGAAAGGUGUUAUGUAGCAGCUGCUCGCGCGGAAGAGAAGUCACCAAUGGUGCCUAACCCUAACCCUAAACAAUACUAAGACCCUGUUUACAUGGAGUGGGGGAUCCCGGUCUAGUGGGGUAAGUUUCUUUUGUUUUGUGUCCCCCAGAGCGUGAAAACAAAAGAAACCAACCCUACAAGACCGGGGUCCCCCACUCCAUGUAAACAGGGUCUAAAACAAUUGAAAGAAUGACAUGUCAUUGUUUCCUUGCGACCAAUCAGGAGAGACCUUACGAGCAGCUCCUACACAACUUCAAGAAAGAGUUUGAGGAAUCUCAAUUUCUUUUUUUGAAGUGCUUUCGCUCAGCGUCUUUGCAAAUUAAUUGGAACAAAAGAAAGCGUCUACAACUCCCACAAAACGGGUUGUGUUUCAUAUACCGGAAUUUGAAAUAGUUAAUAAGUAACAAAGCAUAGAUAACAUUAACAACAGAUGUCGGUGUAUGACAGUGGAUAAAGAACGGAGCAUCAAUAACAAAGAAAUUAAAAACAAUAGAUUCUGGUACAUGAACGUCUAACCCACAAGAUUGGCUUGGAACACCAACAUCGCCACCGUUUGACUCUCAUUAUAUUGAAACACAAAUAUGCCCGCCCGUUACAUCAUGUGAAAGCGCUGUAUGCAGCGAAUUUAGUUAACUAACUGAGUUUUUUCAACUUUCUUAGUCGACAACUACUAAAACGAGAAAACAUCACGGUUUUUUUUUUAUUAUUUCUUUUAGCCUACAGUCUCAAACAUGCUAGAGACCUGGUACGAGCCAUAACCAAGAAAGUAAAGAACCAGCUCCCAGCUUCUACGUCACAGAGAUCCCAGCCUGCUUUGCCAGGAAUCGGUACUGGUCACGUGCCUCUCAUGUUGCCACCUAUAAAAAGGGACCGAUGAGUUAAACAAGUUCAACUCGUUCCCACAAAGGCUGGAAGGCCAAGCUGAAUGAACAGUUUUGCAGAGCUGGAGAGAGUUCUAUAAAGCUCUGUCGUUGGGAGUGGAGAAAGCAAACAAUUUGAUAGUGAAUUACGAAGUUGUUGUUUUCGCCUCCCGCCUAAUAUGUUUUUAACUGGCAAUAUAUUUUCGGCCCUUUUUUGUUCCUCACUGUGACAAUAGACCACGUUCGAUAUAUUAAAAUUCUAACAUGACUCCGAGGCUUUAGGGUCAAAAUUGCAAAUUCACGGCUCCACUGUCUUGCAAUUCCCAGAAGAGACUUAAAACUCCAAAUAUAGAAAAAUGAUCAGAAAGCCUCGGAAACAUUAGAAUUUUAAUAUAUCGAACGUGGGCUAAAGAGAGAAGAUAUCGUUACAUAUGUGGCAGAAAAAAAAAACGAAAAAAAUAUGACUUUCCUAUGCACAAUUGCUCUCAGGAGCAAGACUGUAGCCCAAACUUUUCUUCCAUUGUUCGACAGUGCAAAUGGCCGUUUCUGUCAAGAAAGAUCGUUGAAAUCCAGAAAUUUUUCUACCAUGGUAACGUGAAAUCACACUUCCUGUCUCUAUUGUAAUCUAUCUAUCCUUUUUUAUUUCGCCUUUGGCUUUUUCUCGCUUGUUUCAAAACUUCCGAUUAACAUCCAAACGAACGUGCUCCUGAUCAUCUCCGAAUUACACAAUACGGCGCCGUCUUAAGAAAGAAACUCACACACAACCACACACACUCCACCCUACAGAGUAAAAGCAAAAAUAUCGAGAAUUGUAUUUAUUUUCUUGCCAAAUUAGAUGUGAAAAUCUCCCGUAUUGAUAACACAGACCAGAGCUACUGCUUCUUACAAAUAUUUUUAUAUUAACAACAGUUAAUUGUUCACAUUUUAAAAACCAAUUAUUAAAAAAAGAAAAAUCGAGCCAAAGUUAGGCUCAAUUUAGCCUAGAAGCAAGACAUUUUGCAUUAAGGGACUGAAUUGAAUUGUGAAUUGAAUUGAAUUGAAUUGAACCGGACUUUCUCCUCCAAAUCUGUAUUUUGCUUUCCAUAGUUGAUCUUCUUUCUCUCAUUCUCGAAAGCGGGGAUCACGGGCAUUUUAUACAGCGGGUCCAUACCCUAGGUGCCAGAUGUUUUUUGUUUUUUUUUUCAUAAUGGAGAGAUUUUAAGAUUCACGUUUACGCCAAAAGGCAGACGUGAAUUUGUACCACAUGACCAGGGUUUCCCUUAUUUUCCGUUUACCCUUUAUUGCUUCUGCACAGAAAUAUGUAGUUUUAUGCUAGUUUUAACGAUAGGAAUCGUUCCGGACUGUUUUUAUCAGUUUAUUUUCUAUUCUGAGAAAUUCUCAACUUGAGUCUGACGUUUGCUGUUUGCGAUAAACGUGAAUCUUAAUCUCUCUAAUUAUCAAAGAAUGAGUACGGUUUAUUUUGUCCUAGGUAUUUUGAAAAUGGACGUCUGGAACCAGGUGUUAGCUGGUCCAAGCCCCCACUAAUUUAAUAUUCUACUCAAUGUUACUCCCUUACUCCUUAACAGAAAAAGUACUUUUUUCACACCGGUACCAGCCUGGGUUGCUUGUGCCCGAAGUAUAUCCCAAUAAAUUUGUACUUAUUUUACAUACGUACUUACAAACAGUGCAUUCCUAAAUUUUCUUUAACCCAGCCCCAAAAGACAUUGCCAGACAACACGAGAUAAACAUAGUAGAGCCGGAAGGAUCGUAAGUUAGAGGAAGGUGCGUCUGCCUGUCUCUAUAAAAUACCAAAAGGACAGAUUUCGUUGUUAGUGUGAAUAGGGCUUCUGUUCACACAUCCGAACUGGUAAUUUAGGCGCGAUUUCUGUAACAGAGCGCAGCUGCGCCGCCCCGAUCUGUGAGAUGGAAAGUCACAUCGGAUGCAAGAAGUAUUUAUUCCAUACCGGAUCGCUUUACGUGUCGACUCGAAAAGCUAUCCGGCCAUAUAGCCUUACUCUUGCACCUCCAAAUCCAAACUGAAAAUAUACGAGGUACCAAACAUCAAAGAGUCCCGGGUGUGGCGGUCAGCAGUCAAAACUCCCUCCUUAUCUAUCGGACAUCUCUGACGUACAACUCGCUUAAACGCCACAGUUAUUACCUUCGAUUCCUUCCUCUUUUUUAAGAAGUGUCAUUACAAGACUGACGUCUGUCUAAGAUGGACACAGAGUGCGCGUCCCAAGGGUGUGCGUUUUUAGUAACACAGAGUUGAUAGAACCUGGGAAAGCACUCCCUUAUUUGGCCUAAACGGAAAUGUGCCCCUGAACUGCAGGGUCUUAAGUCUUGAUCAGGAGAUUCUAUUUCACUGAGUAUUUAGCGUCUUGAACAGAAGCCUUUAAAACAUGAGUGUGAGGGAUGGCGAUGAGGGCUCUAAGUUUGUGGUUCCAGCAAUGUAGUUUGAAAAAUCACUUAACCUUUGGACAAGGAGGGUUCAAGAGGGUCCCGAAAGAUCAAACAUCAGCAAUAGCGUUUUCUUCAGUAGCUGUUCGUUUAUUCCGCGCACGAACUUUGAGACAAGUUUAGGUGAUGAUCAGUUUCUAUGGUUACGAGAUAUGACGUCAUAAGUAGCAGAUAACGCGGCGGGUUGACAGUCCUGAUGUUAUUCCACUUGUUUCAACGAUAAAAGGAAAACUUGUAGAUAAGUGAUGGAAAGUACUUAUUUAUGUGUUAUUUUACAUGUCAAGCAUAGGAAAAUACCAAUUUUCUCCGAUUAUUUUUUAAAUUUACCUGGUAUCUAACUCUGGGUAAAAUCCAAUAUGGCGAAUAUGUUUGGUGACGUCACAGGCUUCCAGCAGGGCCACCACCCAUGAAGUAUUAUAAACCCUGUUACGCUGUAUGCAGCGAAUUUAAUUAACUAACUGAGUUUUUCAACUUUCUUAGUCGACAACUACUAAAAAAAGAACAUCACCGUUUUUUUUAUUUCUUUUAGCCUACAGUCUCAAACAUGCUAGAGACCUGGUACGAGCCAUAACCAAGAAAGUAAAGAACCAGCUCCCAGCUUCUACGUCACAGAGAUCCCAGCCUGCUUUGCCGGGAAUCGGUACUGGUCACGUGCCUCUCAUGUUGCCACCAAUAAAAGGGACCGAUGAGUUAAACAAGUUCAACUCGUUCGCUCAAAAUGAAUGA